AUGAAGUCCUCCUUGAUAACUCUGUUGGCUAGCACCACUUGUAGUUUUGCCUACCGAGGAUCCGUUCCUGUCGACAGCAUCAAUGCUUCCGAUGGUUCACUUGUUUCUACGCAAGGGUCUCUCGCGAGAUCGAACGAGUAUAUCUCGUUCUGUGGCGGCUCAAAACGCGCGACUCUCGCCCAAGUAGCCUACGUCGGAAACACCGGCACCAAAGAGCACUACGGUUGCAAUAUUAUGCAGAUUCCAGCCUCUAUUGCCUCUCACUAUCGUUAUACCAUCGAGUUCAUCAACGAUGGCUUGGAUGUUCAGGAAUGUAAAUGCUGGAAUAAGAUCGGUCCAGAUGGUGGUAUCAAUGGUUUUUUUGCCGGCAACGAGGCCAUCACUUUCAGCUUGGCCGCCAGCGGUCAGCAAUUCGUAGCGUUCGAUGAGAACUCCCAGAUCGGUUGUUCUUGUCAUAAUGGGUCCGUUCCCUUGACCCCGUUCGGCGAGUUCGCCUCAACUUGGGUAAAGGCCGACUUUGGUGAUGACGCGAAUCAAAAACACUCUGGGUUCGACGCCUCAUGUUUAGUAGCUGCUUUAUACGACUUAGAGAUUUCAGCCCUGAGUGUUUGCGGUGGCCCCCGAAACACAUGCUCUACCAUUUAUCGUAACGGGACUGGCGAAAACGCCUACGUAAAAGGCAUGGAAGACUCGGACAUAGUGAUGCCGAUCGAUCCUGGACCUGUAGCGCUCACUCUGAGUGUCAAGUUUCGACGAUUCAGGUCUACCUUCAUUGGACGGCGGGAAUGUUUCGAGAUAGAAGAUGACGAUGAACGCAAGCUUUUACACCCCAAAUUGCUUCUUCAAAGCAAUAUAGAGGAUUUUGAGAAGGAGAGUCGAGGAUUCGAUGCAUGCCUAAACUUUCGAUUGCUUAUUGAAGAGCUUAAGGACAUCGACAUCACAGAAAAUAGUACUAAUUCCGAGAGCAAGUAA